CGCGGCAGCAGAAGCAAGCGCAGCAGCCAUGUACGCCGCCCUCCGCCGCGCGGCGCCUCUCCGGCGCCGCGCCGUGUCCGCGCUCGCCGCCGCGCUGCUCCAGCAGCAGCCGGCGGCGAUGGGGGCGGUGGCCCCGCGGCGGCCGGCGCCCGCCGCGGCCACGGAGGCGUGGUUCCACUCGUCCCCGGCGUGGCUGGGGUUCCGGGAGACGGGGCCCGCGGGCGCCGCGGCGCGGCCGGAGUUCGCGGCGGCCGAGGAGGGUUCGUUCUACGAGGAGGAGAAGAGGGCUGCCGGCGCCGGUGCCGCGGCGGACGAGGGGCUGGAGAUUGCCAAGCUCGGGAUCUCGUCCAAGAUCGUCGAUAGGCUCGCCAAGAAGGGCAUCACUAAGCUGUUCCCCAUCCAGAGAGCUGUUCUUGAGCCAGCAAUGCAAGGAAAGGACAUGGUUGGUCGUGCCAAAACUGGGACUGGUAAAACUUUGGCGUUUGGAAUCCCCAUAAUGGAUGCAAUUAUCCGCCACAAUGACAAAUACAAGCCUGGAAAGUUUCCCUUGGCUAUUGUUUUGGCACCAACAAGAGAACUUGCAAAACAGGUUGAGAGGGAGUUCCUCGAUUCCUCCCCCCUGGAAACUCUCUGUGUUUAUGGAGGAACUCCAAUUGGUCAGCAAAUAAAGCAGCUUAAUUAUGGUGUUGAUGUGGUCAUCGGGACACCUGGACGGGUGAUUGAUCUUCUAAAAAGAGGCACUCUCAGUUUGGCAGAGAUUCGGUUUGUUGUUCUUGAUGAAGCAGACCAGAUGUUGUCGGUGGGUUUUGAUCAAGAUGUUGAGACAAUUUUGCAGCAGGUGCCUCAGCAGCGUCAAACAUUGAUGUUCUCAGCAACAAUGCCAACCUGGAUACGGAAGCUCACACAAAAGUACCUCAACAAUCCUGUUACAGUUGACCUAGUUGGUGAGAAUGAUCAAAAGCUGGCUGAAGGAAUUAGUCUGUUUUCUAUUGCUUCGGAGAACCGUGAAAAACCUGCUGUACUUGGAGAACUUAUUAAGGAACAUGCUAAAGGUGGUAAGUGCAUUGUGUUCACGCAAACAAAAAGAGAUGCUGAUAGAUUGUCAUACAGCAUGAGUCGAAGUUUCCAGUGUGAAGCUCUUCAUGGGGACAUCUCACAAGCCCAAAGAGAGAGAACACUUGGAGGCUUUCGUGAUGGACGGUUUAAUAUUUUGAUUGCCACUGAUGUUGCUGCCCGUGGUUUGGAUAUACCAAAUGUUGAUUUGGUGAUACAUUUUGAACUCCCCAACUCGUCAGAGAUAUUUGUCCACAGAUCUGGCCGAACUGGCCGUGCUGGAAAAAAGGGUACUGCAAUUGUGAUGUACAACUAUCGACAAAGUAGGGAAGUCCAGGGCAUUGAACGUGAUGUUGGAUCUAAGUUUAAAGAGCUUCCAAAAAUUAAUGUCGAGGGCUCUGACCUGCUUGGUGGUGACUUUGAUUCCUUUGGGGGUGGUGGUGGAGGGUACGGCAGAUCAAACUUUGGUCCCUCACGGGGAUUCGGUGGACGUGGUGGUGGUUUUGGCAGCUCACCAGGAAGGGGUGGUGGGUUUGGCCGAUCAGGAGGAGGAGGUGGUGGUGGAUUUGGAGAUUCUGGAUUUGGCCGAUCAGGCGGUGGAUUCGGUGGCUCGGGAUUUGGCCGUUCAGGUGGCAGCGGAGGUUUCGGCGACUCCGGAUUUGGUCGCUCAGGUGACUCCGGAUUUGGUCGCUCAAGUGGUGGAUUUGGUGACUCCGGGUUUGGUCGCUCAAGCGGUGGUAGUGGUUCCGGUUCUGGUCGUUCCGGUGGAUUUGGGGAUUCUGGCUCAGGUCGGUUCGGCGGCGGUUUUGGUAGUUCCGGCUCAAGUGGUUUUGGGGGCUUUGGUGACAGGAACUCUGGUGGAUUUGGCAACUCAUCUUAGUCUCAGGAUGAACUUGAGCAAAACAUAAUAACAGCUACUCUUAAUAUGGAAAUAUGGAUAUCCUGCCUCAGAUUCAGCUGAAUGGUUAGUAUGGAUAUGGUUUCAAGGAUCAUAGUAGAGAAUGGCCACUCCUGAUCUGUUGUUGGGUCCCUCUGAAUAGUUACAGAGGCUAGUGUCACCAUGCCGUGGAAUUCAUGCGCGUAUCCUUGUGUCUCGGGAGGGAUUGAUCGGAGUGCAGCAGGAAAAUAAUUACGAAGUGUUAUUUUCAUUACUGUUCUGUUUUUAUUUUGCCUUUGAUCCCGCAAGUUGUAGCGCUAGAUCAUACCUGUAAAAUAUGCAGAGUGUCUUCUGCGGAUGUUCUUAUCUCGUUUUUGGUAGUGGCUCUGUACUGUAUGACGAUUUUGGUGCAACCUUGUUGGCCGUUCUGACCUAAAAUCACGGGUCUCUAUAAUCAUAUCAUAUUAUUUACA